AUGGUGAAGAAAGUGGCCAUAAUUGGAGCUGGCAUCAGUGGCUUGGCAUCCAUCAGGAGCUGCCUGGAAGAGGGGCUGGAGCCCACCUGCUUUGAGAAGGGUGAAGACGUCGGGGGCCUGUGGAAAUUCUCGGACCAUGCCGAGGAAGGCAGGGCCAGCAUUUAUCGGUCAGUCUUUACCAACUCUUCCAAAGAGAUGACAUGUUUUCCAGACUUCCCUUUUCCUGAUGACUUUCCCAACUUUAUGCAUAACAGUAAGCUCCAGGAAUACAUCACUGCGUUUGCCAAAGAAAAGAACCUCCUGAGAUACAUUCAACUUAAGACACUUGUAUCCAGUGUAAAUAAACGUCCUGAUUUCUCAGUCACUGGCCAAUGGGACGUUACCACUGAAAAGGAUGGUAAAAAAGAAUCAGCUGUCUUUGAUGCUGUAAUGAUUUGUUCUGGACAUCAUGUGUACCCCAACCUACCAAAAGAGUCCUUUCCAGGUCUACAACUUUUUAAAGGCAAAUGCUUCCACAGCUGGGACUAUAAAGAACCAGGAAUAUUCAAGGGGAAGCGAGUCCUGGUGAUUGGCCUGGGAAAUUCGGGCUGUGAUAUUGCCUCAGAACUCAGCCACACAGCUGAACAGGUCAUCGUCAGCUCCAGAAGUGGCUCCUGGGUGAUGAGCCGGGUCUGGCAUGGUGGCUAUCCAUGGGACAUGAUGUUUAUCACUCGAUUUGAAACCUUCCUCAAGAACAACUUACCAACAGUCAUCUCUGACUGGUGGUACGUGAAGCAAAUGAAUGCAAGAUUCAAGCAUGAGAACUAUGGCUUGAUGCCUUUAAAUGGCACCCUGAGGAAAGAGCCCGUGUUCAAUGAUGAGCUCCCGGCUCGCAUUCUAUGUGGCACUGUGACCGUUAAGCCAAAUGUGAAGGAGUUUACAGAGACUUCGGCCAUUUUUGAGGAUGGGACAGUGUUUGAGGCCAUUGACUGUGUCAUCUUUGCAACAGGCUAUAGUUAUGCCUACCCCUUUCUUGAUGACUCCAUCAUUAAGAGCAGAGACAACGAGGUCACCUUAUUUAAAGGCAUCUUCCCACCUCCACUGGAGAAGCCAACCAUGGCAGUGAUUGGCCUUGUCCAGUCCCUUGGAGCUGUCAUCCCCACAACUGACCUGCAGUCUCGCUGGGCAGUACAAGUAAUAAAGGGAACUUGCACUUUGCCUUCUGUCAAGGACAUGAUGAAUGAUAUUGAUGAAAAAAUGGGGAAAAAGCUCAAAUGGUUUGGCAAAAGCGAUACCAUACAGACGGAUUAUAUCGUUUAUAUGGAUGAACUUGCCUCCUUCAUUGGGGCAAAGCCCAACAUCCCAUGGCUGUUUCUCACAGAUCCAAAGUUGGCCUUGGAGGUUUACUUUGGCCCUUGCAGCCCAUAUCAGUUUAGGCUGGUGGGCCCGGGGAAGUGGCCAGGAGCCAGAAAUGCCAUCCUGACCCAGUGGGACCGGAUAUUGAAACCCACGACGACAAGAAUUGUUGGGAGUCCUCUGAAGCCUUGCUUAUUUUGCAGUUGGUUCAGGCCCGUUCUUAUUUCUGUUCUGUCAAUUGCUGCUUUCCUUGUGUUGUUCUAA